CAACGCCGCCCAGCACGUCACGCGCAAUCGCCGCGCCCUCGACCGGAACAAGACCAGAAGCUGCGAGACAAAGAGCUGGAAAAGAUGCAGGUCCACGCUGUGCCAGACUCGGAGCGCGCGUAUGAUUCGACAGGGAGGAAGCUGCCCUGGGCCUAUGAGUUUGCGGACUCAGACCAAAAUCAACGGCGCAUACCCGAAGAAAAGGGCCCCUUUGGCAAAGCACGAAAACGCGGAACCUCGCGGGCUAAGACACCGCUGGGCGCCAACCAAGCUGCCGACGAAGCGAAACUACUCAACCAACGCACCAUCGAUGACAUCUUUGGCCGCUACAAGGCGGAAGAAGACAAGAGGCGCUCCGUAUCAUCGCGUUCCGUUGCCGCACUACCCCCGCCAGGCUCAGCACCGAACCUGAUAGACGCAAGCAAUGCACUGAACAACUCGUUCGCAGCAGGCGCAUCGACAAACACAGCCUUCACACAAGAGCCCAAGGAAGUCAUACUAUACGGCUACGGAAGCGACGCACAAUGGGCAGCGAUAGCGCACUAUGAAAAAGUAUCCAAUGGCAUCAUCUACGAAGAGUACGACCGCGAGCCCUUUAACCCCAAGUUCGGAUACAACUUCACAUCGCAGCGAGCAUCACAUUAUCGGUCACUGAGCAAGGCGUCGCUGAGAAAAAUCAACGAGUAUGUCGGAGGUGAUCACUGGAUCAAGGUCACGUUCGACAGCGCAGAAGCAGCCGAGCGCGCAUGCCACUACAGUCCCAAGAAUAUCCAAGGGUACACCGUCUACGCCGAAAUGUACAGAGGCACGGGUCCCCAAGGCGGCGACCGCGCAAUCCGGGCAGAAGCAGGAAGCAUGUCGCAAGCCGCCUCACCCAACACCAUGUCGUCCGCUACCGUCGGUCUCCGUGGCAUUAGUACUUCGCAGUCGUCGGCAACAGCCUCGUCCGCCACAGCCACAGCCUCGCAACUCGCUCCAUCAACAACACAACAAACACAAGGACUCCGCUCUUUCGCAGACCCACCCUUCAUGCGCAACACAGCCGGCUCCUUUCCCUCGUACCUAGACGAUAUGCCCGUCCAACCACUAGAACAACACCAAGCCCUCGAUCCAAACACCAUCCCCGCACGCACCACAACCACGGCACUGAACCCCCGCUCCCAGCGCGCCACCCUCCGCCUCAAAGGCGCAAACGUAAAACCCGCCGUCUUUUUGCCGCAGGAAAAGGCAUUCCUGCCGGCUAAACCCCGCUGGCAGCAGACGGUUGGCUCGCUACCGAUUAUCGGAUGGGUGUUUGGAUCGGGCCAGGGCAUCAUCGGCGAUUCUGUUCCCCGGAAGGACGACGGAACUUUUGACAUGAACAGUGCUAGUUUGUACUGGCGCGUGUGGUACAUGGUGGACAAUUGCUUUGGUAGUGACUUUUGUGGAGUGAGGGAUGCAGAGUACGACGACUAAACGGGAGGGGUGGAUGGAGAAAAACAACGUGUCGAUAUUCUGGCGAAUUGGUAACCAUGAGCAUUGGGUGGCGUUUGCGGGCGCUUUGCAUCAACAACUUCUUAUUUUUCCCGAUAUUUGCAAUUGAGCGCCGGCAAAGCAGAUUGACGAUGCGGUAUUAAGCCGCUCAAAGUGUGCCGCGGAAAGUGGUAUGCAAAUGUAAUAUUAUUUCCAA